AUGAUGAUCAGAGCUUAUGCCUGGAAUGCACCCUUUCAACAAGCCAUAGAUUUGUACUAUAAGAUGUUGCAACUUGGGGUGACACCCAACAAAUUCACUUUCCCUUUUAUUCUCAAAGCUUGUUCGGCUCUGCAAGAUAUACAAGUUGGGCAAGAAAUCCACAAGCAUGCCGAGCAACUUGGUCUCGAAAUGGACGUUUAUGUUUGCACAGCCUUGGUUGACAUGUAUGCCAAAUGUGGAGAUUUGUUUCAAGCACAAACCUUAUUUAAUUGUAUGUCCAGCAGGGAUAUUGUGGCAUGGAAUGCCAUCAUUGCUGGGUUUUCACUGCAUACACUUCACAAUGAAACUAUGGAGUUACUUGUACAAAUGCAACAAGCAGGAAUAGUUCCCAAUUCUUCAACUAUUGUAGCAGUUCUACCCACAGUUGGACAAGCUAAUGCAUUAAGCCAGGGAAAGGCAAUCCAUGGUUACUCUUUAAGGAAAAUGUUCAGUGACAGUGUUGUUGUUGGAACUGGUCUUUUGGAUAUGUAUGCUAAAUGCCAUCAUUUAUCUUAUGCCAGGAAGAUUUUUGAUCGGAUGAAGCAAAAGAAUGAGAUAUGUUGGACUGCUAUGAUUGGAGGAUAUGUUGCUUGUGAUUUCAUGACAAAUGCAUUGGCCCUUUUUGAUGAGAUGGUACAUGUUUAUGAGUUAAACCCUACACCAGUUACUCUUGCAAGCAUACUUCGAGCUUGUGCUAAGCUUACUGAUUUGAACAAAGGGCAAAGCUUACAUUGUUACAUGAUUAAAUCAGGGAUGGACUUAGAUACAACGGUAGGAAACUCACUCAUAUCAAUUUAUGCUAAGUGUGGGAUGAUGGAGGAUGCAGUCGGAUUUCUUGAGGAAAUUGUGAAGGUAUCAGACUCUUGA